AUGCUUCCCGAACUUCUCCGGUCCUUUAUAGGUAAUCAACCUAAUGAGGAUGUUGAGCUUCAAGAUUUACUACCACUUCUCGACGGCAUUGAUUUCACCGACGACGACUCCGAUAACCUGGAAAUACUUCUCAAACGUAUUCAAGAACAAGUGGGCUCUGAAAUUCCCGAGUGUAUCUCGAGGAUUGUGGGGAAAUAUUUAGAGUGGCUCAAGAGUGAAAACAUAGAGCUCAAGGACAGCCCAGCCCUGACCCAACAUUAUGUGGCACUAGUUAUUUACAUGUUCAGUUUAUUAAAGCGCUUGAAGGGAAUGCGUCCAGCAUCAUGGCCUUUCAGCACGUGGACGCCAUCCACCACGGAGCAAAUCAAAAACAUGAGAGAGGACGGCCCCAAGAAAAUCACCCAAGUUACGGAUGAAAUAUAUGCGGAACUGGAGGUGAUGUACGAAACCGCGACAGAAAAAAACAAGAGAGAGGGUACUGUGGUGUCAAUGAGGGAACUGGCCGAGAAGAGGUUGAUGGCACUCCAAAAAACGAAGGAGUACCGCGACGAAAUUGCCAAGAUCGAGGCAGCCUGCAACAAAGUAGAGAGUCAGUCUGACAAAGAGCUCUUAGCUAUUUACAAGUUUGCUUUGAAAGCUGUGGCUGCUCUAGUUACCGCAUUUUUAGUCCUGUACGGGUGGCUUUCUAAAAAUGAGCCCGUUGAGCCAGUGCCGGUCCCAUCUCAGCCACAAUAG